AUGAACCUCUCCGAGCACAUUCCAUUCCUGUUCAGCUGUAAUGUCAGCCCGAGCGAGACGCCACAGCUCGACAUCAGUGUCACCAAAAGCGAGCCACUGACGAUUGCCGUCCCCAUGACUUUCUUCUACAGCAUCAUCUUUUUGUUUGGAGUCAUAUUUAAUGGUGUGAGCAUACUGACCCUCCUCUUGGAUGCUCAUAUGAGAGUCAGCGCUAUCCGUUUUUAUCUCCUUAGCCUCGUCAUAUCAGACAUUCUGCAGUUGCUGACCAUCCCAGUCACUUUGUACCGGUACUACUGGGAGAGUUACCCAUGGCGUCUGGGCCAAGUGGUGUGCAAGGUCUACUUCAUGGUCCGCCAAGUGUACUGUGCCACCACAAGCUGGGUUAUAAUGAUCUUCACCACCGAGCGCUAUGCAGCCAUUUGCCACACCAUGUGGUCUGUUUCCAGCUUGAAGAAGUCUCGGCUGCCCUGUCUUCUGUUGGUAUGGAUCGUCUCUCUCGUAUCAGCUGUGCCCUUUGCUCUGGUCUAUGACCAGGCUUGGGCCUGCAUCCUGGACUACACAGCCACCAGAAGAGAAGACGCCUUUCAUGUCUCAACCAUGUGUGAGAUGACAGAGCCUUAUCCUGCCCCAAUCUACAAAGGAGCUUUACUCCUGAGGGCAGGGUUCUUCUUUCUGGUGCCACUGAUCUCCAUCUUUACACUCUAUAUGCUCAUCUUGCUCUACCUAAAGAAGAACGGGCGUCAGAGGAGGAACAUGGGUCUGACUCGGACAGAUCCAGAAGGAAGACGAGAAGUCCAGUGCCAUCAAAAUGGAAAGCUACUUUUAAAUGAAAAGAGAGCUCUGAAACUUAUGGGAGCUGUUGUGGUGGCCUUUUUUGUUUGCAACUUCCCGGACAUCGCCUCGUCACUGAUGCAGGUCUACGUGGUGGUUUGGUCUGACACCGUUCUUACUGUCUACACUGUGCUGAAGACGUACUUGUCCCUUCCACUGUGGUACAUCAACGGGGCUCUGGACCCGUUGCUGUUCUGUAUUUCCUCCCACACGUUUCGCAGGGCGUGCUGGAGGACUCUGGGUAGGCUCAGGCCUCAAUGCUACUGGGAGUAUGGGAACAUCACUUCGUUACGGCAGAGGAGUUCUUGUGAACAUGCAGGCUCCACAGCCAGACAGAAGAUUGAAGAAAGAGAGAAGACGGACAAAGAGAGAAAUAGAGUUACCCACAAAUAAGAUCAAAGGGACCGAGUUGGAGAUAUAGAACCCCUGAGGGCAUGGUUCAAAAAGAGCUUUGUCCCCUCAGCGAUUGAAGUUCUAAACAAGCUUUCAUGCUGA